GAGUAAAAUGGGAGAACAAAGAAAAGGGUAACCAAUGACAUAGGAAACAAGGUCAGUAAAGAUAUAGAGAAGGGGACAUGAGCUGAAUGGACCGACAUUAUGGGGGAAAGGCACUGGAGACAGAGAAAAAUGUGAACAAAGAUAGCAGAAACCCAAUACCACCGGUUAAGGAAAAAUAGAGCAAGGGGCUCAAAAGAUAGACCAAAGAAACAGGUAGGGUCUGGAGUCCCCUUGUAGCACAGCAGGUUCAGGAUCCAGUGUUGUCACCACACUGGCCAGGGUCAUUGCCGUGAUGCGGGUUUAAUCUCUGGCCUCAGAAUUUCCACAUGCCACCAGUGCAGUGAAAGGAAGGGAAGAAGGGAGGAGGGAGGAAGGAAGGAAGAGAAAGGUAGGUGCUGGAUCUUCCAGACCUGAUAAGCCAGAAUAUAGGUAGACUUUGAGAUAAACAAGGAGCAAACAAAGGAUUUUAAGCAGCAGGAUAUAAUAAUUGGAUGUGUAUGCUCCAAAGAUCAUUGUAGAACCAGCAGUAAGGUGAUUUAGGGAUAUGGAGAACAUUAGAUUGGGGGUUUGGGGAGUAGAAAUCACUCCAAGAGUGCAAGCCAGAAAUGAGAGCCUAAAAAGAAAUGAAAAUGAAAAACAUUAUGAAAGUAAAAUCAAGAUUUGGCCAGGAAAUUCUUAGCCAUGGCGUUCUAAGGAGAGAAAGGGUUUCAAGAAAAUGCUUCCGUGUGUUGCUUUCAGGUAGCUCUGGAGAUUAUAGACGGAUUAUUCUCCCAGUUUAAAUGAAGAAAAGGAAAAUUCACAGACGAAUAAAUUAACUCAGGUCAUUGUGAUCCCGAGCUUCAGGUAAGACAGAAAACAGAAAUGUCCAAUGAUUGAUUGGAUAUCCAAAACCAGAUCUCCAUCUCCCGUCUGGGCUGGAGCCUAGUACUUUACAAGAUAUUUGAAGCGUAAGAGUAGAUGGUAUUACUGAGGAUGCCCAGUGGAGGUGAGAAUGGGACCAGGGGCAGAAACCCUAAUGACACCCGCCCCCAUGCCAGAGUACGGCAGGAAAAGGACAAGAGAGCAGGACAAGAGAGCGAGACGGCUGGUAUGCAGGGCAAGCGCACCUAGGACAGGGGGCCAGACUGGCUGCGCUGAGAGGCUUUCACGUGGAGGCGUCACAACAACCGGGUCACAGAGCUUUGGGAAGGUUGAUAACAUUCCACCUAAUUGAGCAAUUUCGAAAUUACCAGAACCCUCUGCGGGCCAAGGAUUGGUUUCCUCAGAGCAGGGGGUGCAGAGAGGGAACAGAAAUCCCAGUCAGGGAGUGCGCGGACCCCACACAGCCUCUUGACGCCCGGUCAGGCUAUUCCGCCCCUAUAGCAAACCACAUCUCACGCCCCGCAACUGGCCCUCAACUUCCAGAACCUCAGACCCAGGAGUACCACCCCACUGAGCUUAGGACGCGCCCCUACCCCACGCCAGCAAACCUCCAAGCCCUCGGACACCCGGUCAAACCACCGCUCCUCUACGCCCUCCCUGAGCUCACAUGAAAAAGCCAAGCACUUCUUCCGUGCUCCCAAAGUUUCCUCUGUACCUUAUAAGGUUUUGUAUUAUUGGUACUGCGUCUGGCCCCAAACAAAAAGCAAGCCAGACCAAAAAGUCGAGGGAAGCUGAGGGUCGAGGGAGGAGACGCCUCCACAGGACAGUGGUAACAGAGAACUACGACUCCCAUGAGGCAAUGGGGCCCCCGCACCCAACUCCCAGCUUCCUCUGCGAGGCGCAAGACAGUCUAGAUGGACAGUGGGAGCUCUGAGUCGGGUCAGAACGUGCCCCCGAGCUGUGAAGUGGCCUUUCGGGAUGGCAGAGUCCGGGAAGGUACCUGAAGCCCUGAUGGAGCGGCCGGACGUGGCCCGCGGCCUGGAGAAUUUGCCUGUGAGCGUUUGGCCGUCAGGGGCGGGGCCAGAGCCCUUCCAGUAUACUCCUGAUCAUGUAGCUGGGCCUGGAGCAGACAUUGAUCCCUCUCAAAUAACCUUUCCCGGAUGUAUUUGUCUUAAAACUCCCUGCCUCCCUGGUACUUGCUCCUGUCUGCGUCGUGAGAAGAACUAUGAUGAUAAUUUGUGCCUCAGAGAUAUAGGAUCCGGAGCAAAGUGUGCUGAGCCAGUUUUUGAAUGCAACGCCCUGUGUCGGUGCAGUGACCACUGCAGGAACCGAGUGGUCCAGCGGGGUCUGCACUUCCACCUCCAGGUGUUCAAGACAGACCACAAAGGCUGGGGACUUCGUACCCUGGACUUCAUACCAAAAGGACGGUUCGUCUGUGAAUAUGCCGGCGAGGUUUUAGGAGUCUCUGAAGUUCAGAGAAGAAUUCAGUUACAAACCAUACAUGAUUCAAAUUACAUUAUAGCCAUCAGGGAGCAUGUUUAUAAUGGGCAGGUAAUAGAGACGUUUGUUGAUCCUGCCUAUAUAGGAAAUAUUGGAAGAUUCCUUAACCAUUCUUGUGAGCCAAACCUAUUGAUGAUUCCUGUCCGAAUUGACUCAAUGGUACCGAAGUUGGCACUUUUUGCAGCCAAAGACAUUCUGCCAGGAGAAGAACUGUCUUACGAUUAUUCAGGAAGAUUUCUUAAUCCAGCAGAUAGUGAAGACAAAGAAAGGCUAGACAACGAGAAAUUAAGGAAAUCUUGUUAUUGUGGUGCCAAAUCUUGUGCCGCAUUCCUGCCUUAUGACAGUUCACUGUACUGCCCCCUAGAAAAACCAAACACAAGAGAGGAAGGAAAAGUAUAGGAGAAACAUGUCUGGCCUCUCAGUGAAAGAGAAUGAGAAGGAGCCAAGUAUGUCUGGCUCAGCCCUUUCCGGAUUGCCCCCUUUCAAGCAAUUCACCCUCCAGGUGAGUCUACUCUGUGGCAGGCAGCUUGCCCCUCACUGCAGGGGAAGCCAGUGGUGGUCUGGCUUCUGCUGCUGCCCAGCUGCAGCGGUUUAACUCAGGAAUGUGGCAGAGACUACAGAUUGUCCAGCAGUGUUCUCUCACCCUUUGGAGCAGAGAAUUCUGAGUUUUUAGCUGGGUACAUGAUGGCCCAGAAUACCCAACUUUGUGGCGAAGUGACUAAGUUGUAGCUAGUGGAAUAUAAGGGGAAAAGCCUUGCUUUCCAAUCAAUUUUAUCCAGAAUAAAGCUGAUAUUUUCAUUUCUUUCUGAUGCCUGCAUUUAAUUUCUCAUUUGUGUCUAAGCAAAUCAAAGAAAGGGACAUGAUUGAUUAUCACUUGCUAAAACCCUAAUGAUUACCACUGACAGUGAAAAAUAUAACCAUAAGAAUGGCUUCCAUGUGUAUAACCAAAAGGAAACAAAUUGUUAAAAGGAAACAAAUUGUAAAAUUUUUACUGUAUACUUGGCUAUCUUCCAAGGCUUGUGAAGUUACGCUUCAAAAUUUCAAACAGCCUCACUUCAUGUAAAUAACAUGAAAAUAACCCUGUAAACAACAUGAAAAUAACCCUGUCAACACUACCAAAGGGGAUGGGAGUCUUACAAUUACAUUUAAACUUCUGGAAAGGCAAACAUCUCUAACUUCCUCCCUAAAGCAAGAGUGGUACAAAAAUGAUGCUACCAUGGAGGUUUAUUAGACUUUUUAAAACUAAAAUAAUUACACGGGUCUUAUACUUUCUUUUCUAGUAUAUUUAAACCCUACCACCAGGACACUGCUUUAAAAGUUAUAUAAUAGGGACCUAUUAUUACAUAUAACACUCUAUUCCUGUCUGAUAUCAGAAGGAUAGUUGUACAUUUCGAGUGAAUGAAAUGUAUGGUAUGUAAAUUCUAUCUCAAUAAAACUAUUAAAAUAAUAACUAUACUAGGGUUUGUGAAUUCAUACACUACUAUCAGGAAUGGUUCCAUGUGAAUAGAUUGUACUAGAGUACACAUAAAAUGCCCCAAACUACACAUGUGCAAUGUCUAAAACAAAACAAAUUUGGAGUUCCCUAGUGGACUGGCAGUUAAGGAUUUGGCCUUGUCACUGCUGUGGUGCAGUUUUGAUCCCUGGCCAGCGAACUUCUGCAUCCAAAAAAAUAAAACAUUUGUGAAGGGCUUAAACAAUGAUGCAGCACUAAGAUAGCCAAAAUCAAAAACAACUGCAAGUGUUGACAAGGAUGUGAAGAAAUUGGAACCUUCAUAUACUGCUGAUAGAGUUGUAACUUUGCACAAUUUGUAAAGCCAUUUGGUUAGUUCCUUAAAACGUUAUACAUAGAAUAACCACAUGUCCCACUAAUGCAUUUCUGGGUAUAAACCCAAUGGAAGUGAAAACACGUCCCAGAAUAAUUUGAAUGCAAAUAUUCAUAGUGGCAUUAUUCACAAGAGCUAAAUGUAGACACAACCCAAGUGUCCAUUGAUUGAUGAAUGAAUAAACAAAAUGUGGAAGCCAUAGCACACAAUGUUAUAUAGCUAUUAAAAAAAUAACACACUGGCACAUGCCACACACAGAUAAACAUUGAAAAUGUGUAUAUAUUCAUAUAUACACAUAUGUACAGUAUACAUAUACAGUAUAUUCGACAUAUUUGGUUUUUAUGAAGCAAAAUGGAAGCAUACUACAAAUACUAUCCAUUUAAUAUAUUUUGUACAGCCCAUAAAAGUAUUGUAUAGGUCUAGCUCUUUUUAAAAUAGCUGAAUUAGGAGUUCUUCUGUGGUGCAGCAUGUUGGUGAUCCAGCAUUGACACUGCAGUGGCUCAGUUCUGUGCUGUUGUGCUAGUUUGAAAAUAUUGUGGUAAAUUAAAGAACCCAAACACAAACAGCCUUAUAUUGUAUGAUCCUAUUUAUAAGCAAUGUCCAGAAUAGGCCAGUGCAUAGACAAAAUAAAGUAGAUUAGUGGUCGCAAGGGGCUGGUGGAGAGGCAGGUACAGGAAGUGAUUGCUAAUGGGUUCAGAGUUUCUUUUUAGGGUGAAUAUACUAAAAACCACUUUCAGGGGUUGAGUUUUAUGUUAUGUGAAUUAUAUCUCCAUAAAGCAGUCAUAAGAAAAAGAAAGAAGACAUGGAUGCCUCUCACUUGGAAACUGAUGACCUGUAACUCAGAACAUUGUGCUCAGGAAUAAACACUACCAGGUCUCAAGAGAAAUGCUUCUCCACUUGCUUUAUGUCCUCAAAACAAAACAUGAUCAUACCUAAGGCUAUGAUUUGUGUGUGUGUGUGGCCAUUACUACUCUCAGAGAUGGACCCUGCUUCAGAGGACAGCGAGAUUUUGAAUAGUAGGAGCUCUAAGUUUGCACACACCGCAGAAAGACCAUCUGAACACAGAGGGAGAAAACAUCUAUAAAGCCAGGAAGAGAACCUCAUCAGACACUGAACCAGCUGGCAUCUUCAUCUUAGACUUCUUAUCCUCCAGAAGGGUAAGAAAUAAAUGUCUGUUGCUUAACCC